AAACAACGUGGUCAGCUAUUGGAAAAUAUUAAAUGCAUCAUCAACAUAAGUUUACUGGUGCUUCACCAUUGAUCCAAGCCAAAAUCCUUCCAAAGAGGCAAAAAAACUCCAAUCACAAAAAUGGCGUCAGAAUCUAUCACUACUUGUAAUGUUAGCGAGCAACGUUGGGUCAAUGAAACAAUAAGAACCUUUACAUCAGAAUUGACAGUAGAUACUGAAACCACCACUUGUGUUUUUCAAGUUCCCAAAAUCAUUGCUGAAACUAAGCCUCAAGCUUAUACCCCUCAAAAAAUAGGCCUUGGACCAUACCAUCACUUAGGUCCGCAGUUGUUAGCCACGAAUAGGCAUCACAAGCUAACGAUAGCCAGAAGUUGCCUGAACGACCACCAAGUCCAAGAUUUUGCAAACAAAGUUAUCAACAAGCUGUGUUCGGUCAUGGAACUCAUUCGAGGGUACUACGAUAAGCACUUGGAUCUUGAAGGCCAAACUUUAGCAUGGAUAUUGGCCAUUGAUUCUCUAUACAUGCUACACUUACUGAAUAGUUAUGGACGAUAUCAAAAAGUCAAUACUAAACAAAGAAUGUUUACUCAAGAUGUUGUGAUGCUAGAGAAUCAAAUCCCAUCUUUUGUGCUGAUUGAAACCCAAAAGGCUCUCGAUCAAUCUUAUAGCAAUUUAUUUACGAGGCUGUUCUACAAAUACUGUAACGCACAUUCUCCCCUCAAACUGACAAACCAGAACAUAUUCCGUAGCGUCAAUAGUCCCCAUUUGCUGGCUUAUUUGCACCAUUUGAUCAUCAACUACCGUGGGAUUCUAGAAGCAGAAUAUCAUGAAUCAGAUGAUGAAGAUGUUAUAUGUCAAGAUUAUUGCGAAUACUACAGCUCCGUUACCCGCAUUGUGGAGACUACUGCUAGUCUUGGCCUUCCAGGAGGGGAGCUUUUAGGGAGACAUUUUAGUUUCCUGACCAGUUUGCCAUGGGAUUACAUCAAAAGUUUGGUCAAGAAGGAAAACGAGGAAAAGAAGCCUUCAGUAGAUAAGAUUGAAAUCCCAUCAGUGACACAACUCAACAAAACCGCUAAAGUAAAUUUUAAGCUCACAGAAGGAGGCAUCAGGGAUAUUAAAUUUAUCGAGGAGGAAGGUGAACAAAUGUUUUACCUCCCUGGGAUCACCUUAAAUUCUGAUUCUGAAGUUAUAUUGAGAAACUUAGUUGCAUAUGAGGCAGCUGCUGCUGGUGAUCAAGAUGGAAGUACUCUUGAGGUGGCUGAGUAUGUGGAUUUGAUGUGUGGAAUUGUGGACACUCCGAAAGAUGUUGAUUUACUCAGAAUAUCAGGGAUUAUAAAAGGAAGUCUGAGUGAUGAGAUCAGCAAUUUCCUCAUCACUCAGACUUCCUUUUAUAUUGAAGCAACUUUAAAGCCUGUUAUAGGAAACUUAAUCAAAAAUCUGUUCUACGAGUAAGCAUAACAUGCAAAACUGAUUCAUUAAAUAGAACGGGGAAAAAGAAAACUAAAACCAAAACCACAUAGACUGAAGGGCGGUCAGUCCCGUAGUCAGUGUAUAUAGAAGAUUAUGCUGCGCAUAUAGGUAAAAAAUUAUUUUUUAUGGAUAUAUAUGAAAUCUUGAACACCCUUAAUGAA